CCAUGCCCUGUCCCCAUGCCCUGUCAGUGUCCCCAUUGUGUCCCCAUCCCCUCAGAGGACAUCGAGGUGCGUUUCUGGGCCGAGGGCUGGGAGGCCAAGGGCUCCUUCGCGCAGGCCGACGUUCACCGCCAGGUCGCCAUCGUGUUCCGCACGCCGCCGUUCCGGGACCCCGCGCUGCGCGCCCCGGUCACCGUGCGCAUGGAGCUGCAGCGGCCCUCGGACCGCCAGCGCAGCGCCCCCGUGGACUUCCGAUACCUGCCCCACCAGGGGGACCUGCAGUGCAUCGAGGAGAAGCGCAAGAGGACGCGGGAAACGUUCCGCUCCUUCAUCCAGCGCAGCCCCCUGCCCGCCCCCAGCGAGUCGCGCCCCCCCCGGCGCCUGGCGGUGCCAUCGAGACCCCCCCAGAACACCCAGAACGCCCCCAGUGCCGCUCCCUCCUUCUCCUUCGGGGGGCUCCUGGGGGCGCCGCCCCCCCCCGAGGCCGAGCCUUUGUCGGAGGCGCUGCUGCAGCUGCAAUUUGAGGAGGGGUCCCCCCAAAUCCCCGACAUUGGGGGGGGGGUCCAGCAGCGCUGCCGCCCCCUCCCCCCAGUUGGAUUUCGGGGGCCCUUUUGGGGGACACCCCCUUCCCCCCCGCUGGACCCCCUGAACCCCUCGGAGCUCCAGCGCCUGUUGGGACCCCCCGAGCCCCCCUCCAAUUUCGGGGACCCCUCCCCGGAUGAUUUUGGGGCGGGGGGUUUCGGAGCUGCCGCCCCCCGCUCAAUUUUGGGGGGGGGUCCCCCCAUGCUGCUGUCGUACCCCGAGGCCAUCGCGCGCCUCGUGCAGGGGGCGCCCCCCGAAAUGGGGCUGGGGGCGGAGCUGGGGGCGGGGCCCCAGCAGAGGGCGGGGGCCGGGGGCGGGGCUGGGGCUGGGGGCGGGGCUCGGGGGGGGGAGGGGGAGGACUCGCUGCCCUCGCUGGGCGAGCUCGACUUCAGCGCCUUCCUCAGCCAGUUCCCAUCGUCGUGACUGGGACGGACUGGGACAAACUGGGAGGGACCGGGAUGGGCUUUGGUGGCUACUGGGAGGGACUGGGAGCCACUGGGAUGGACUGGGACAGGGCUUUGGGGUGGCUUGAGGGUUACUGGGAGUUACUGGGAGGGACUGGGAGCCACUGGAAGGGUCUAGGGGGGCUUUGGGGGGGUUUGGGGGUUACUGGGAGCCACUGGGACAGGCUGGGAUGGACUGUGGGAGGCUACUGGGGCCUACUGGGGAGUUCAGGGCCUACUGGGAGGGUCUGAGGCCUUACUGGGAGCUACUGGGAGGCUUUUAGGGGUUACUGGGACUUAUUGGGAGUUACUGGGAGUUACUGGGAUGGACUGAGAGGGCGCCUGGGAGGGUUCAGGAGCUACUGGGGGGCACUGGGAGGCUCUGAGGCUUUACUGGGAGUUACUGGGAGGCUUCUGAUGUUUACUGGGACUUACUGGGAAGCUUUUAGGGGUUACUGGGAGGCUGCUGGGGAGCAUUGAGGGCUACUGGGUCUUAGCGGGAGUCGCUGGGAGCUCUGUGCGGUUACUGGGACACAACUGGGAGUCACUGGGAAUUCCAUGCGGUUACUGGGAGCUACUGGGAGGACAUCGAGUGCCUACUGGGGUUACUGGGAGGACACCGAGUGCCUACUGGGUUUACUGGGAGACUACCAAGGUGCCUUUUUGGGGGGGUCCCCGCUUCGCCCCGCCCCCCGGGGCACAGCAGCCAAUGGGAACGUGCCUGCCCCUCCCUCCUUGCCUUAGCCCCGCCCCCUGGAAGUGCCUUUGGGGGAGGGGAAAGCCCCGCCCCUUCCCCACCCCAAUAAACGGUCCAAGGCCCGUCUGCGUUUGAUUGACA